AAGAAUCCAAAGGCCACAACAAAUGUACUGAACAUUUCGAAAAUAUCGAUCAUAAGGCAAAAUACUUCAAUCAAGAAAUAAAUUACAUGAAAAAUUGCUUCGGUUGUGUGAUAAAUAUGAUAAAAUGUCUUGAGGAAAGAGUUCAAAAUCUCGAAACAAGGAAUUCUCAUCAAAUUGUUGACACUUCUGUCCAGUUAGAUAGUUUUGAUCCAAAUAAUCCUGAUGAAUUUAUCGACAUGCUAUUAGGGAUUGAUGAAAGAAUUCAAAACCUCGA